AUGAAAGCAGUUGAAAUUCUAUUUACGAACACAGAAUGGGGAGAAAUCAUAGCAAAAAAAUUUGAAGACGCGUCAAUUUCAAAAGAAAAAGCGAUUGAAUUAAUAGAAAAGCAUUUGCUAUCAAUAAACGAGAUUGAAGAAACCUUGCUUGGAAACAUAGCAGACUUUAUGAUAAAAGAACAAUUAGAUUUUGUACCAGAAACAGAUGCGAUAGAAUGCUUAAAUGCUGCCAUGAAAAAAUUCACACAGAUGCAAGAGAAAAUUAUCAACAUCAAAAAACAAAUAACAGAAGAAACAACAAAACAAUGA